GUAUCCAACCAGUCAAAACUUAUAAUAUUACGGAAACUAUGGUAUGUGGAGAAAAGAUUUCGAAUCCUGCCAUCAAUUCACCUUUAUCACCAAACUCCGAAAGUUGCUUACAUUCAAAGAAUGAAGUUGAUCUUCAAUACAUAAAUAAGCAUAUUCCAAUAGAAGAUAAUAACACAACAGCGAAAAAAAAUACUUCUUCUGGUUGCGAUAAUAUAAAUAACAGUGAUACACAUGAAUCUACUUCGGUAUCUAGAAAAACCAGUACAUCAGAAUAUACAUCAUUGUCGUCAGAUUGCACUCCUGAUAACACAAUUACCACAUCACCUUCGGUACCAUAUCCUGAACAUAAAAUAAGUUUUGAUAUAACUAAUGACAGCGAUUUAAUUCUUAAUGAAGUACCAGAUAAUGGAGGCUGUUCAUCCCAAACAGAAAAUAUUUUUACAGAUAAAUGUACCAACGACGAUCAAAAAUUAGCAGAAACUGAUUUAAAAUUGCACGACGAAGAUAAUAAAAAUUUUACUUCACCAAAUACACGAAAAAUAUCUCGUUUUCUUGUUCACAACGUACAAUCUAAUAGUGCUGUAGAGUUAAAUCCGGGUGUCAAUAUUAUGGAAAUCAGUGAUAAUAUCGAAAAGAAUGCAGAUGAUGUAUUAGAUAUACGUGAUAGUGGAUUAAAUGAAAAAAAAGAAAACACGUCUAAUAAGAUAACAGCAUCGUCAUCAGUUGCUUCAUUAACAACGCCAUUAGCUUCUACAUUUAAUGCAGGUUUAAGUACCAAUACACUUGAGCAAUUAAAAAUUGAACUUGAAAACAUCACACACGCACAUUCAACGAACGCUAUUUCUUUAAAUAAUAAUAUCAGCGAUCACCAAAAACAUGUUUUGUCGGUAAAUAACAUUGAUAGAAACGAAGAAACUGAAGAAUUAGAACAACUAGAACAGAUAAUUACUAUCCAACCAGAAGAAAAUCCCUGUGAAUGUACGAUAAUAAAAAACGAAGAUGAGAUGCAUAGUUCACAAGAGAUGGAACUAGCAAACAAUCAGAGUUCAGAUCUAGCUGAGGAGAAUAAAAGCAAUACAUCAAAUGCUGUAAGUAAUUCAUCAACAGAUGACCAUAAUCCUCGCAAGGUGUCCAGAUUUAGUGUGAGCCGUGUUCAAGAACUUAAAACAAAUGCAACGUCUACAACUGUUUCAAAAGAUGACACUGGUUCAAAUGCUGAUAUAUUAGUUCAAACGCAAAGCAUUCAGCAAAUAUCGGAUGAAGAAAAAUUAAAUCAACAAACUCAAAAUAUACAACCUACUUCUUUGGCUGCGCAAAGUCAAAAUAUUGUUGCAAAUGAGGAAGAUAAAAUUUCGUUAACCCAACCAACUUCAGUAUUUCCAUACCAACAACAAUCUCAAGACAACCUACAUCAGAAGACAAUACAAAGUAUUACUUCUCAACCACAUUCUCCUGUUAUCACUCAACAAAAUCAAAUGCACAAAAUAUCAAAUUAUAAUAUAUCACAACCGCAAAUUUCACAUCAAAUUGUAUCAUUGCAUCAACCGCAGCACAUAAUUCAAACAAUUCCAGUAUCGCAACAAUUACAAAAUAACCAAGUUGUCCAUUUACCAUUAUUAGCACAUAGCUUGCCAUCUCAGACUCUACCCAUAUUACAGAACCAGAUAAUACAACAUGUGCAGAAUAGUCAACUUUCGCAACAAUCAAUCAACCAGACGCCAUACACAUCGAAUGAAUCAGUAACUACUGAUGAACCUGUGUCAUUGGCAGCAACUCAUCCUCAAUUACUUCCGACAGUUAUUCAAUCUGAUAUAAAACAUAAUUUGGACUCUUUGGUAAGCCAAUUAUGCCAUUUGCGAUUGGGUACGAAUCAACACCAGCGUUUGCUUCUCUUACGUCAACGACAAUUAAUUGAAGAAGAUGAACUGCGUCUAAAACAUUACGUUGAAUAUGAGAAGUUUCAAAAAGCUUUACGACAAAGUAGUGACGUGUCAUUAGCUUCGCAACAAUCAGUGGUGUUUAUUCAACCAACAGGAAGUACUCAACAAAUUUUUACUCAAAAUUUGGACAAGCAAAGUGCACCUAUUGGAUCACUGCAACCGUCUUUUGUAAAUUGUUUCAAUCAAGCACAUCAACCCACUCACACGCAAUUACAAGGCUUCCAAUUGCCAACUAAUAUUGCACUUGUAAACAACAGAAUUUUACUGGAACAAUUAACUCAGCAGCAGCUACAAAAUUGUAGUCAACCAGUUAUACUUACCUCCAAUACUAAUAAAAUUGAAGAUUUGCAGCAGUUGUCAACCGUUCCUCUUAACCAAAUUUCAACAUCAAAUUUAGUGAACUUAAACCAACAAAAUUCCUCUGAUAUACAAAUUGAAAGCACGAAAAGUCAAACAGAUUCCUUACUUUCCGCUGACGUAGAGAAUGCUACAACAGGGCAAAAAGAUUAAUAAAUAAUAAAAUGGCUGUUAUCAAACAUAAAUUAAAAAUAUAAUAUUAAUAUAUUUCAGAUAUUGAUGCUUGAACUACUCCUUUCAGUACAAAAGUUUCAAGAAAUACAUAUGUAGCUUUGCAUCCUUUA